UCCCAGUACGUACUGGUGCGCGCUGGGUCCGUGCUGGGAGGGCGGCCCCAUCCCAGUACGUACUGGUGCGCGCCGGGCCCGUGCUGGGAGGGCGGCCCCGUCCCAGUACGUACUGGUGCGCGCCGGGCCCGUGCUGGGAGAGCGGCCCCGUCCCAGUACAUACUGGUGCGUGCUGGACCCGUGCUGGGAGGGCGGCCCCGUCCCAGUCCCGCGUGUCCCGGCCCCGCGGCGCUAGAGACCCGACGCCAUGGGCGAGCGCAAGGGCGUCAAUAAGUACUACCCGCCCGACUUCGACCCGGCCAAGCAUGGCUCCCUCAACAAGUACCACCACAGCCACCCGCUGCGCGAGAGAGCCCGCAAGCUCUCCCAGGGCAUCCUCGUCAUCAGGUUCGAGAUGCCGUACAACAUCUGGUGCGAAGGCUGCAAGAACCACAUCGGAAUGGGCGUCCGGUACAACGCGGAGAAGAAGAAGGUCGGCACUUACUACACGACUCCCAUCUACAGGUUUCGCAUGAAAUGUCACCUGUGCGUCAACUACAUCGAGAUGCAGACGGACCCGGCGGGCUGCGACUACGUCAUCGUGAGCGGGGCCCGGCGCAAGGAGGAGCGCUGGGACAUGCAGGACAACGAGCAGGUCCUGCCCACCGAGCACGAGGACAAGGCGAAGCUGGAGACGGACGCCAUGUACCGGCUGGAGCACGGCGUCGCCGACCGGGCCGUGCUGCAGAGAGCCGUGCCCACGCUGGCCAGCCUCCAGGAGGCCCAGAGCGCCUGGAAGGACGACUUCGCCCUCAACAGCAUGCUCCGGAGGCGCUUCAGGGAGGAGAAGAAGACGCUGCGGGAAGAGGAAGAGGAGGCCGCGGCGCUGCAGGCGAAGGCCGGCCUGAGCAUCCCUCUGGUGCCGGAGGCCGAGGAGGACCGGCGCCUGGCCGCCCUGCUCAAGUACCACAGCCUGGACUCCUACGAGGACAAGCAGAAGAUGAAGCGGACGGAGAUCUCCAGCCGGUCGUGGUUCUCCUCGGCUCCGAGCAGCAAAGCCGGCGACGCGCUGCGGAAGUUGGGCCGGGGGGGCCGAGCACCGCCGGGCCGGGCGGCCCCGGGCGCCUCCACCGCCUCCGCCUGCCUCGGCAUCGUCCGGCGCCGCUCCGGAGACGGUCCCGAGGCCCCGGCGGAGCCGGCGGCGCUGGAGCGGGGCGAGAAGGCGCUGGAGCGGGGCGAGAAGGCGCCGGGCGGCCUCCCGGCGCCCACCGACGAGCCCGACGGGGCGGCCGAGGCCGGGGCGGCCCCCCGCGAUGCCUCCCCGGCAGCCCCUGGCCCCGCUGCCUCCGGCCACAACACCUCCCUCGUUGCCGACUAUUCGGACUCCGGCUCGGACCCGGAGAGCUCCUGAGCGGGGCAGGUCCCCGCGUCCCUUGGGGCUGGUCCUGGAGGCGGUGGCUGGGGGCAUCGCCCCCCCUUCCCCCCUGUAAUUUAUACACUCCCUUCGCCCUGCUCCCCUGUGCGUAUUAAAGGGACUUUGCAGCACCCGGAAA